CUCGCUCCGGCGCUCGGCUUGGCUGGAGGCGGCGGCGGCGGCAGCACGGAGUGCGGGAGGCCGGCAUGGCUGCAGUCUGCAAAAAAAUCGCCAUCUUCGGCGGCACCGGCAUGACCGGCCUGGCCACCCUGGCGCAAGCCAUCGAGGCGGGCUACCAGGUGACGGUGCUGGUGCGAGACCCAAUCCGGCUGCCCCCGGAGCUGCAUCCGGCGCACGUGGUGGUGGGAGACGUGCUGAAUCCGGGGGACGUGGACCGAGCGGUGAAAGGGCAGGAUGCCGUGAUAGUCAUCCUGGGCACCCGCAACGACCUCAGCCCCACUACGAUGAUGUCUGAAGGCACCCGGAACAUUGUGGCAGCCAUGAAAUCCCACGGCAUCCGCAAAGUGGUCGUUUGCCUCUCAGCCUUCCUGAUGUGGGAUUUGGGCAAGGUUCCUGCCAAACUGCAGCCCGUGACAGAGGACCACAUCCGCAUGCAGCAGAUCCUGAAGGAAUCGGGGCUGGACUGCGUCUACGUCAUGCCUCCCCACAUUGCAGGUGACCAGCCCCUCACUGGGGACUACACGGUGAUGGUGGAUUCUUCCAGCGGCUCCAGAGUCAUCUCCAAAUAUGACCUCGGGCACUUCUUCCUCAAGUGCCUGGCCACUUCCGAGUAUGAUGGGAAGAAUGUCUAUCUCUCCAGGCAUUACCCAAAGAAAUGACCCCUGCAGCCUGGUCCUCUCUCCCACCCCUCCAUGGGGCAGUGACGAAGGAGCCCCUGCCUCGUGGACAAAGGAAAAUUCUCCAUGGCUUGGCUGACGCUGCCUUCGCCGACCCGUUCUCCCCUCCGCCGCCUCUGGAGUGCCUUUCUCCAUUCCUAUGGACCUGGGGUGGGGGG